AUGGGAUGGCACUUCAGUUCAUAGUAUGAGUAAAGGCAGCCCACACCCAGAAUUUUACAGAUAACCAGGCAAUAUAAGUUUUCGUCCAGUUCACCACUGAGGCAGAUGCCCAUGGUCCUGACCGUCUGAGUGUGUGAGCUGUGAAAUCCUCCGGGCUGUAAGAUUGUUGAUUGUUCUGUGAAAAUGGAGACCGGCCGCAGGUGUCUGCUUUUCCACUUGACUGUGCUCUCUCUCAUGAUUUUGUGCCAUGGGAAAGACCUUUUCUUCAACGACAAGGGAAAUCUCAUACUCCCAGGGUCCUACAACAUUCCCUGGAUGGCAGGCAUCGAGGAUUUCCGCACCCUUUCUCUCAUCACCAUCCCUGGUACCCACGACAGCAUGGCUCUGCACGGAGGCCCAGAGGCUGAAUGUCAGGCGCUGCCCCUGAGGGACCAGCUGAGGGCUGGCAUACGCUUCCUGGAUCUCAAGGUGUUUGCAGUGGAUGACACCCUGUAUGUCAUGCACGGGGUGAUGUACCAGCACAGCACAUUGAGGGAAGUGCUGGACACCGUCCAAGCCUUCCUGUCAGAGUUUAAGACUGAGGCUGUUCUCAUCCGAGUAAGACCAGAGUUUUUUGAUAAAAGCAGCGUCAACCAGAUGGUGCAGAGUCUUAUUAUCAACAACAAACAUGUCUGGGUGAGCUCUGGGAUGCCCAACAUGGGUCAGGUCAGAGGGAAAAUAGUGUUUGUGCAGCAAAGCACCUUCACACUAGGAAUUCCCCUCAUAGAUACUGAGAGUAAAGCUAGCAUUAAAGUUACCGACGUUAAAGAUAAAGACAACGCAAUAAUCAAACAGCUGAACCAAGCCACUGAUGCCUGUGGAGGCGAUAAUGUCGUUCUCACCUUCUCUAGUGGUACUGGCUUCGGUACGUUCUGGGGCAUGCUUCUGACUCCAAAAAGGCUGGCAGAAAAGGUGAACCCAUGGCUAAAUCAGUACCUAAGGCAGUUUUACCCUAAUCAGCCCAGACCAUGCUUUGGCGUCAUUGCCAUGGACUUCCCUGGCAUCGACCUCAUUCAAACUGUGCUUGGUUUAAACUGGUGGUAAAUCUAUUGUGUGUGUCUUAGUGAAAAAAGGGUUGAAUCCAGUGCUUUAUGUAUCUUCUGUUAUUGCCUAA